UUUAUAUAUGUAUAUAAAGCUAGUGUGAGCGUUCAUGACUCUACUAUCAGAAAAAGACUGAACAAGAAUGGUGUUCAUGGAAGGAUAGCCAGGAGGAAACCACUGCUCUCUGAAAAGAACAUUGCGGGAACGAGGGACUGAAUGCUGAAAUACAUGCAGCAGGUGUAUUUGCUACAAAAUUCAGCAUUGACCCUGAUGAAGACUACUGGAAGAUGCACAAAACCAGAUGCUCCCCACAACGUUUAGAUGAUCAUCCUGAGAGCCAGGCAGUGCUGUCUUUAUCAGAGUUCUAUAGGCAUGAAUUCAAGGCUGUACUGAAUAUACUGGUUGUUCAAUACAAAGAAAACCCGGACGUGUGUGUGAAGGCAGUGUGUCCAUUGGCAGAUUUACUGCAACCAUCAUUCUCACACACCCCAGCAGAAGACAGGAUUUCUGCAGCAUGUGAUCUGUUUCCAGUGCAUAGCCCAGAUCCUUAUGUCUUGGCUGCUGAGUUGGAUAUUUUCAAGUGAACUUGUUCACUGAAACAAUUCAGGAAACAUUUCAGCUGUGUAAGGAUAAGAGGAACAUCUUCCCCAUGACAUACCAAGCGUAACAACUGCUCUAAACAGCUCCUGCAACUGUUGCCAAAGAUGAGAGAACAUUUAGUAAGCUUCGUCUGAUAAAAAAACCCUCAACCCGUCGACAGUGACAGGUGACAGAUUGGACAGUCAGAUCCUACUGGCUUGUGGGAAGGAUUUGACUGACAGCUUAGAACUAAAUGAAAUUGGUAAGAAACGGGCAACUCUGAAAACAAGGUGUGUUUGACUGUAAAAUAGCUGCGAUGACCCGCAGUCAUCUAUACGGUAAUGUGUCAUUUUAUUUGCACUGCUUAGUUUAACAUCCACAUUACACUGGGUACCAAGAUGGUGUCUCAUGUACCCAAUAAAAAUGAGUAAGUCUUCUUCUGGUCAGUGUGCUCACCCCCCCCCCCCCCAACUCCUGGGUCUUAGGUGUGGCCCAGGUUCCACCACAGAGGGGCUAGGGAAGAGAAGGAGCGGGUACGGGAGGAUGGACACUUUACAAAUGUGCAGAAUCAUUCCAGCAAUUUAAAAAACAAAAACAAGACCAAUUCAAAUAUACAGAAAAGAUGAAGCUGUCGUAAUUCAUUAUAAGGGAUUAGUUAAUGAUUAAGUGCUGCCCAGCUGUUUCAAUUCCCAUUAGGUUUUGUGUACAACGAGUUCUGCUAGCACUAACAUGGCCUUGAAAAGAAAGUUAUCAGAUCUAAUAUUGAAUUUGUUCCAAACUGUUAUGCUAUAUAUGGAGAGAGAAAGAGAAAAGAAAAAAUUCCAGUUGAUACCAACUCAACUCGCUACCCAACACCAGACAUGAAGAAAAUCCUUUUCCUCGUCUUUGCUGUUUUACAGGUCCAUGGCAAGGAUCUACGAUGGGUUAAUAAUUAUGAUCAGCCUUUCAAUUUCCUUUGCCCAACGUCCCAGUCGAUAAAAACAAUAAGCAGUGUUCACAAUAAUAAGCAUGAGGACCGCUUGUGGGAUUUCACAUGUGGAGCUACUUUUGAUGGGUACCCAAGUUGUUCCUUGAGUAGUUAUGUGAAUGGUUUUGAUGCAGCCUUUGAUUACACCUGUCCAGGUGACUCUGUUAUGUCUGGGAUGAGCAGUUAUCAUGAGAACCGUCAUGAAGACAGAAGGUGGCAGUUUUACUGUUGCGGGAUGGCGGGGUUCCGCAAAGAGCACUGCUCCUGGUCCAACUAUGUCAAUAGCUUUGAUGAAGCCUUUACCUUCAAUGUUCCACUGUACCAUUACCUUGCAGGAGUUUCAAGCUACCAUGAGAAUAAACAUGAGGAUCGCCGUUGGCGCUAUCUGCUCUGUACAAAAAAGGCAUGAGGAGCAGAACACGAGGACCAGAGGCACCCCGAGCAAUACUUCAUGAUUAUUGAAUUGCUCAUGAUUUUGUGAUCUGGAAAACGUUUUAAAAUAUUCAAAUAAAAGCCGUUAAUCUGC